AGCCAGACACAGAAUAAAUAACAAAAACAAAAUAACACUGACAGCACUUUUGUGAUAGUGAGGUAAAGGAAUAUUUCAGAUAAAAUCCUUUUAGACACGCAGACCAAAAAUGCAGAAUACAAUCCUGCUGAAACUCUUGAUUACACAGAGGAGUAAAGAUGUUACACGCAGGAAUCUGAGAAAUUCUCACUUGUGAAUUUGGGCAGAAAUGUUUUAGAUGUGUGGAUCUGAGUAGAAUGACCCAUUACUAGGUGACCAAUAAACACCAAACUGAGUCAUGAUGUCUGGACAUUUGUCUGAAAUCCAGUUGGGCUGGUUCACUGUUGUUGGGAUACACUGAGUUUUGUGAAACAAGCUUAAGAAUUUCACAUUAAAAGGUGGACUUAAUUUUAUAACAGAGUGGUAUAUUUGCAUGCCUCCAGAAAUAAAGAAUGAGUGUAGGAUUUAAAAAAAAGAAAAAUAUCCCUCAGUUCAGAUUUGUGCCAGUCUGAGCAAACUAGCCCUCCAGCUGUAAGUCACUGGACACGUAAGCCACAGACUCUUUAGCCUUUUUCCUGCCAGAGGAAUGAAAAACCUGCUCGAGCACUCUGAACACAUUUCAUUGAAAUGUACAGGAAGGCCUCACAUUUGACUCAAAUUAGGUCAAGUGCUGCAGCUGUUACUGUGGAUACGUCACUAAGACCACCACAGAUGGCUAUUCCAUUUACUCCAGUACCUUUUCCAGUGGACUGGGUCAGCGUGAGCAGGUCUUGUUUCAAAAGAGCUUCUCCCAUACGUAUCGACUCUUCAUCUGCAAACUGUGAGCACUCACCUCCUGAAAGCAGAGGAGAUGGUCCCACUGUAGAUCCUACUGUAGAUGAGACUUGUGGGAGACCAAGAGGAGGCCUGACAGAUGGGCCAUCCAGACAGCACAGAAGUGAAAUGAGCUAUGGGGAGAGCUGGAUGGAGAGACCCAUCACUCCGACACUGCUCGGCCACGAGAUCAUGGAGGAGAGGGCAAAGUUCACGGUUUAUAAAAUCCUGGUGACGGGGAGUCAGGGAGACAGCUGGGUGAUCUUCAGAAGAUACACAGACUUCUGCAGGCUCAGUGACAAGCUUCAAGAGCUUUUCCCCAGCUUUCAUCCAGCCCUGCCUCCUAAGCGCUGGCUCAAAAACAACUAUGACGAGGAGUUUCUAGAAGGGAGGAAGGCUGGACUGCAGACCUUUUUGGAGAACCUAGUAUUACACAAAGAAGUCUUUAGAAGUGAAGCUGCAAGAUGCUUUCUGUGUUUGGUUGAAGCACCGAGUCCGUUUGACAGCCUGGAGGAAAGCAGGGCCUUUUGCGAGAGUCUCGAGGAAACUCACCUUCGUCUUCAGAGUGAACUCGCGGACAAGCAGGGAGAAGCCGACAGGCUGAAGAAGACUUUGGAGGAGAGAGAGAACCGUCUCAACCUGCUGCUAAAAGAAGCCAAAUCCAUGUCACUUUCUGCUGAGAGCUUUGAAGCUUCAACAAUCACCACCCCCACAGACAGUGACACAGAGGACAUGCAGUGACUGACACGGACAAAGAAACAAACUGUGACAGUGACAUGUGCAAGUGGUCAUCAGACAUCCUGCUGGUUCCUCUUAAACCCAAGUCCACAAGAAAGUCUAUAAUGUGACCACCGCAGUGCCAAAACAAUCUUUGGAUGCAGUUUAAUCUAACCCUCCAUGCAUAUGUUUAUUUGAUUCUUUUCAAGAUGUCACUAAGAGAACUACCUCAAAAUACCAAGCACAUAGAAGUCCCAUAAUGUGUAUAUACCACAUAUUAUGCUGCCUAAUGAGGGAAAAAAUCCAAUAGAUUCUAAUACUAUUUAUUUUUUUUUAUUUCUAAGUAACGUAUUCAAUUCAUUUCAAUGACAAUGUUUCACUGAUCUUGAAUUUUAGUGUACACAAGCUCUUUUUGAAGCAUAGGAAAUAUGAGAAAGCAAAAUGACCACAAGGGGGCACUGUAAUACAAUAACAGUUUGAGAAAGUAAACGUCUGAAUGAGAAGGAGACUGGGAACUUGAUGUUCUGUUCUUAUCUCGCACGGGGACAUCUCUGUAAGAUUUAAGUGCAGAGAAGCACAAAAGCAGGGGAGAGAUGUUUUCCUCUUGAGUGGUGAAUAACAGCUCGCAAUCAAUGAAAGAAGCCUGUGUGAAUGUGUGUGUGUGUGACAUCCAUCCACGUAAAGCCUCAUUCAUGCGCCCCCAUUAUCACACUGAAUGGCCAUGUUGUUUCCUUUCACUCAUUCUGUUUGAGUCGCUGAAUAAAUCCCAGUUACGUGUGGCUUCUCCGAGGUCGUGAAGGCUACUUUUAUGCUGCCGCUGUGAGCAGGUUGGUGCAUAAUUAUUAGAUUUGUACAAUGAAAACAUUCGACUGAAUGUGAGUGGGUUGUAUAAAAAACAACCAGGAAGCAAAUUAAUAAUAAUAAUAAUGAUAAAACAUUCACUCUGAAAAACAGGUUGUCCAU